UCAUACAGCUGUUCUGGUCCAGGUGUGUUCAGGUGUACUUUGACUGGACUGGUGUUUGUUAUGGCUCAGGAGGCAGAGCUUCAGUACAGGACUGACCAAUGGGAUGAGAGCUGCCUACAACCAGCUGGCAAGAUGGCUGCAGGGCCACUGUUCAACAUCCAGUCCAGUCCUGACGGUGCUGUCACUCAGCUCCUCCUGCCACAUUGUGAAACUAUGGAUGCUCCACUCCCUGAAGGUCUGCUGUCUGUCAUCCACAUCACUGAUGAUGGAAUAAGCAUCCUGGAGCUGCUGAAGAUUACAGACACUCAUGUGGUAGUGAAUGUCCCUCACCUCUCUGCCUGUGGCCUAGUCUGGGAUCUCGUUAAGAGCUUCAUCAACAUCACCCGACCAAUCAGAGGCCAGGUUCUGCUGUUCCUCCGACCUCCAGACACACAUCAUCGAAUACUUGAUGUAUUUCUGCUGCAGGACAACAUUCCUUUGAGUGAGAUUGUUUUCCAACAUGGAGAAGCUGAGUUCAUCAAGAUCUCUUCCAAAUGUCGUCUCAGCAGUGGUCAAAGUUACAGUGUUCAAUGUGAACAGGCCUCCAAAGUACAGCCUGAGUAUGGACCAUUUCACAUGAAGUAUACAUCACAUUUCUACCCAACAUUUGAGCUUUUCCUCCCUACAAACAAAGAGAAAGUGACUUUGAUGGUCCAAGACCAGGAGAAGAAACAAGUGUGGAAACGUGUUAUUACAGACACUCAUGUGGUAGUGAACGUCCCUCACCUCUCUGCCUGUGGCCUGGUCUGGGAUCUCGUUAAGAGCUACAUGAACAUCACACGACCAAUCAGAGGCCAGGUUCUGCUGUUCCUCCGACCUCCAGACACACAUCAUCUAAUACUUGAUGUAUUUCUGCUGCAGGACAACAUUCCUUUGAGUGAGAUUGUUUUCCAACAUGGAGAAGCUGAGUUCAAGAUCUCUUCCAAGUGUCGUCUCAGCAGUGGUCAAAGUUACAGUGUUCAAUGUGAACAGGCCUCCAAAGUACAGCCUGAGUAUGGACCAUUUCACAUGAAGUAUACGUCACAUUUCUACCCAACAUUUGAGCUUUUCCUCCCUACAAACAAAGAGAAAGUGACUUUGAUGGUCCAAGACCAGAAGAAGAAACAAGUGUGGAAACGUGUUGUGAAUCUGACCGCUCCAAGAAAGAAAAAUCUGCAGAGGAAUCUCCCAGCUGGUGAUUUCGUCCCAGCAAAGAGAGCCAAGAUGACGCCGAGGGACCUCCUCAACAUUCUGGAGGACUUAAGACAAGAAGAAUUCAUGACUUUCAAGUGGUACCUGAGUAGUGUGGACGACUUCCGACCCCUCCCAAAGGCCCGACUGGAACGUGCAGACAGAGUGCACACAGUAGAUCUGAUGGUGCAGCAUUAUGAACUUGCUGGAGCUGUGGAAGUGAUGAGGAGCGUUUUAAAGAAGAUCAGCAGGAAUGAUCUGGUGAUGAAGUUGUCAAACAUCAGCUCAGGAGCAGCAGGUCCUGGUCCAGCAGAGACUCCGAAUGUCCCUGCAGACAGAAAGCUGUUGUCUGUUCGGGCACAGUUUAUUCAAAGAGUCUCUGAACCUCAUCUAGAUCAGCUGCUAGAUAAACUCCUGGAGCAGAGGGUCAUAAAUGAUGGUGAAAUGGAUUCUCUCAGAGUUGAGAACAGAGCAGAGAAAGCACGAUCAUUGAUCGACACGGUGCUAAAAAAAGGACCAGCAGCCAGUUCCUUUCUGAUCGCUGCUCUCUGUGAGGUGGAUCCAGUUCUUUCAAGACGCCUGAACCUACAGUAGCAGAAAGUCUCACACCAACACAUCUUCAGCUCUCAGGUGUUUCUAUUGUUUCACAUUUUAUAAGAAUCUAAAACUCACAGCUC